CUGAUUGGAGACAGGUUUCAUGAUUGGCACUUCUUUUGAGUCACAACUUUGGUGCCCCAACUUUGAAACAUUUGGAAAUAUUCCAUUAAGCUUCUACCAUUAUGAAUUCAAUUUUUCUUAAAUAAGAACAUCCAUCAGUCUUUAUCUAUACAGUAUCUUAAUUGGUUAUUAUAUCAAUACAGAUCAAAGACAUAGUAGUUCUGACACAAAAGAACAAUCAUGUCUGUGUGAUUGGGGAGUUAAAUCUCAUGAAUCAAAGCUUACCUGGAAUUAAUGAGGUCACUUUACUCUCAAGACAAGUCAAAUUUUGUUCAGCUUGACUUUCUUGGGCACCCGUAUGAGAGCCUUGUUACCAAGGCAGCCAGGAAGAAGCUGUGAAGGGAGCGGACCGUUAUGGCUGUUUUUCAAAGUUAGCUUCGUUUUUCUAUAACUGGACCUCACAGUUUUGUUUUUGUUUUUUUCGAAGCAAAAGGACUAUGUACAAUAUAUUAUUUAUACACAUAAUAUGUUACCCUUAAAAUGUCACCAAUUGUUUAUUGUCCGAAUCGAAACGUUGCGUUUUGUUAGCUAAUCAAGUGUUACUGUGAGUUUCGCUAUGUGCGAGAUGCGAGUACUUAAAGUUUGUGAAACAUGAGAAAUGUGAGUUACGUUUUCGUUUAUUUAAAUCUUUGUCAUAGGCAUGGCAAUCGUCGCUUUUGUGGAAAGCUUUUAGCUCCGAGGUUUACGAUUUUCUUUUGUGAAACAGAGAUCUGAAUAACAAACACAGAAGGUUUUUUUUCUUCUGAGGGCAUAUAGAUUUUCCAUUAUUUUCACUAUACAUCCCUGUAUUGCUUGUCACUGCACUGUGGCAGCUAUGGAUGUUAGAAUUGAUUGAAUAGCCUGUCAAACUGGCGUCAUGGGCACAGCAUCUUCUUUGGUGAGCCCAGGAGAGGUGAUUGAGGACGGUUAUGGGGGUGAAAGAGGGGAAGCCUGUGAGAUACCGGUUGAAGUUAAGCCCAAAGCCCGACUCCUGCGCAGCUCAUUCCGCCGAGGACCCCGGGUGAUUGGGGCUAGUUUCAAAUCUACUGGAUCUGUGGACCUCGAGUACGCUGCAGAGUAUGAGAGACUCCGCAAAGAGUACGAAAUCUUCCGUGUCAGCAAGAAUAAUGAGAUCUCGUCCAUGCAAAAGAAGGAGGCCAAGCUGGAUGAGGAGAACAAGCGGCUGAGAGCAGAGCUACAGGCCCUACAGAAGACCUACCAGAAGAUUCUACGGGAGAAAGAAGGCGCCCUUGAGGCCAAGUACCAAGCUAUGGAGAGGGCCGCCACAUUUGAGCAUGACAGGGAUAAAGUAAAACGGCAGUUUAAGAUUUUCCGUGAGACAAAAGAGAAGGAAAUACAGGAUCUCCUUCGGGCUAAGAGAGAUUUGGAGGCCAAACUGCAGCAGUUGCAGACUCAAGGCAUACACAUCUAUGAUCCAAAUGACUCGGACUCAGAUGACAACCAAACAACUGUGACUGCUGCAGGAACCCAAUGUGACUAUUGGACUGGUGGGGUGCUGGGAAGUGAGCCCUCCAUGGGUAGUAUGAUGCAGCUGCAACAAACCUUCAGAGGACCCGAGUUUGCACACAGUUUGAUAGAUGUAGAAGGACCCUUUGCAAAUGUGAGCAGAGACGACUGGGACGCUGCAGUGGCCAGUCUGCUUCAGGUAUCACCUCAUGUGCCUCAGGCCUUAUGGAGUAACACAGUGCGCUGCUACUUAAUUUCUGCCCAGGACACCAAAGCAGAGCUGGAUAUUUUUAUUAAGAAGCACUCUUGGGCUCUAAGGCGAAUGUGUGAGGGUCUGGGCCAUUUCUACCUGAAUGUCUGCUUCUGUGAGGAGGCUGCCGCUUCAUAUGUCAUGGAGCGCAAACAGGAGAUCGAAAGGAGUUCUGUGUGUGUGCUUCUUCUCAAAUCUACUGUCACCAGCUCAAUUGUAGAAGAUUGUGAAGAAGCUUUUGUGAAGAAUCCAGAUGGCCAUUCACUGGUACUAUACCUCAGGACUGAAAAAGAUCACAAUUUGCCUGGACCCAUUAGACAGCUAUUAGAAAAGGUUAAUGCUGCAGACAAGGCUGCUAAAAUCAAGGUGAUUGAUCAUUGUGGCACAACAGAAGAGGGGGCGAACCUGAUUCAUGCUCAACUAGAGAAGGUCAUCAAGCAGGAGUUGCUGGGUUUUGAAGGAGCAGAUGUUGACUCUAAGGACUCUGCCGUAGAUGAAGGGCAAGAAGAGGACUCAGGAGAUGUGCUGUGGGACCUGCGUGAUGAGCAGGAGCAGACUGAGGCAUAUCAUCAGGCUUGUAGCAGCACCACCACCCAAUUAGGCUUCCAAAAAUACCUAGAUCGUUUGAAUGACAUGAUUGCUGCCCCCCCUCCCACCCCACCUCUGCUAGUAUCUGGUGGUCCAGGCUCAGGGAAGUCUCUGUUGCUCUCCAAAUGGAUCGAGUUGCAGCAGAAGCAAUCCCCCAACACCUUGUUCCUUUAUCAUUUUGUUGGUCAACCUCUCUCCGCAAGCUCAGAGUCAGUUCUCAUUAUCAAACGUCUCACAGUCAAACUGCUGCAGCACUUUUGGUCCAUUUCGGGUUUGUCCAUGGAUCCCAGUAAGAUCUUGGAGGAGUUUCCACGAUGGCUCGAAAGAUUAUCAGCACGCCAUCAGGGAAACAUUAUCAUUAUUAUUGACUCUAUUGACCAAAUACAGCAAGCGGAGAGACACAUGAAGUGGCUGAUUGACCCCCUCCCUGUCAAUGUCAGAGUGGUGGUGUCUGUCAACGUAGAGACAUGUCCUCAAGCUUGGCGGUUGUGGCCCACACUCCACUUAGACCCACUUAGUCCCAGAGAAGUGAGGAGUGUAGUCAAUACAGAGUGCCAGGCCAUGGACCUCAGACUCACCAAGGAUCAGGAGAAGAAACUGGAAAGGCAUUGUCGCUCCGCAUCGACCUGCAAUGCUUUAUAUGUCACACUGCUGGCUCGGAUGAUCACCAGUGCUAGAUCUUGCUGGUCACUGGACGAGAGCCUGGAGCAGUGUCUACAGUGUCACGACACCAUGUCACUCUACCGCCUGAGUCUCAAGAUGAUGUUGAACUCCUUCAGCACAGAAAGAGAGCGACUUAUAAUGAGAGAGAUGCUGUGCAUUGUAUAUGCCAGCCACAAUGGAGUAAGUGAAUCAGAAGUAUUAGAUCUUUUCCCAGAGCUGGAGUUGCCUUUGUUGUCCUCUCUGCUUCACCACUUGAAUAGACUCUGCAUUGUAACCCUUCGUUGUGGACUCAUCAGGUAUCAACACCUGCAGGCUUGGGAGGCAGUGAGGCUGGAGUUCCUGGGUGGAGGAAGUAGCUCUGCUGCUUACAGGGAGAAACUCAUCCAUUACUUCAACCAACAGCUCAGCCAGGACCGCGUGACAUGGCGUGUUGCAGACGAGCUUCCAUGGCUGCUCCAACAGCAGGAGGACAGAACUAAACUACAGCUCAGUCUUUUGAAUCUAUUUGUCUCCCAAAACCUUUACAAGAGGGGUCAUUUCUCUGAGUUGCUCGCCUAUUGGCAGUACGUGGGCAAAGACAAAAACUCCAUGGCUUCUGAGUACUUUGACUCUCUAAAAAGCUAUGAGAAGACCUGCGAAAGUGAAGAUGGCAUGACUAAACUUGCAAACUUGUAUGAGACUUUGGGACGUUUCCUCAAAGAUCUUGGCCUUCCUAGUCAGGCUGUUGCCCCGUUGCAGAGGUCUCUUGAGAUCAGAGAGACAGCCCUGGAUCCGGACCAUCCCAGCGUCGCUCGCUCUCUGCACCAGCUGGCAGGACUUUAUGUCCAGUGGAAGAAAUAUGGCAACGCUGAACAGCUGUACAAGCAAGCACUCGAGAUAAGUGAGAAUGCCUACGGUGCAGAGCACGCCAGCGUGGCACGAGAGCUGGAGUCACUCGCUAUGCUCUAUCAGAAGCAAAACAAGUUUGAACAAGCUGAAAAACUAAGGAAGAGGUCGGUGAAAAUCCGUCAGAAGACCGCUCGACAGAAAGGUCAUAUGUAUGGCUUCACUUUGUUGAGGCGCAGAGCCCUCCAGCUUGAAGAGCUAACCCUGGGCAAAGACUCUGCAGACUGUUCCAAGACUCUCAAUGAACUGGGUGUCCUGUACUACCUCCAAAACAACCUAGAUGCAGCCAAAGUGUUCCUUACUCGCUCUUUAGAGAUGCGUCAGCGCGUCCUUGGGCCAGAUCACCCAGACUGCGCACAGUCCCUAAACAAUCUGGCAGCACUGCACACUGAAAGGAAGGACUACAAGACAGCAGAAGACAUGUAUGAAAGAGCGCUGGACAUCCGCAAGAAAGCCUUGUCACCAGACCACCCCUCUUUGGCGUACACACUCAAACACCUGGCCAUGCUCUACAAACGCAGAGGGAAACUUGAGAAGGCAGUUCCACUUUAUGAACUGUCUCUGGAGAUAAGAGAAAAAAGCUUUGGGCCUAAGCAUCCCAGUGUGGCCACAGCUCUAGUCAACCUAGCAGUAAUCUACUGCCAACUGAAGAAACAUGGUGAUGCAUUGCCUCUAUAUGAACGGGCUCUUAAAGUCUAUGAAGAUAGUUUGGGGCGCUCACAUCCUCGUGUUGGAGAGACUCUGAAAAACUUGGCAGUGCUGAGCUAUGAAGAGGGUGACUUUGAGAGGGCAGCAGAACUUUACAAGCGUGCAAUGGAAAUUAAAGAGGCAGAGCCGUCAUUAGUGUGUGGCAACGCCCCAUCUCGUCAUUCCUCCAGUGGAGACACAUUCAGUCUGAGGGGGCCAGCUCCCCUCCCACAAGCCCCGAGGUGACUCUGUUAGUAGUUAUUGCCAAUAAUCAGUAAAGGCUGUUCUGGCAGCUUCAAACUGCGAGAGAGUCGCAUAAAUAUAAAAUGCUGGUUUUCCCCACAAAGGAAAUCAUGCGGGGAGAAUUCACACUGUGAAUAUUGUUUAAGACAUUUCUGUGAAGCAAAAACACUCAAGCGCACAUGAGGUUUUUAUUUUUUUAAAUAAUCAAGUAUUUAGCUUGAAAAGCAGUAGAAGAUAAGUUUGACAAAGCCAUAUGUAGAGAGGCACCCAUUGUGGUAGUAGGACCUAUGGCUGUACUUUUAAGUCAAAUGU